AUGGCCGCCAAAGCAGAAAUCAUUUCAGCCACGAGAGCCCUGUGUCCUCUUCCCAAUCAAGUGGACAAUUUUAUCCUUUUUGAAAGUGAAGUUGAGAAAAUGAUAUCCCGUUUGUUUGAGAAAUAUCGAAGCAAUCAAAAUUCAAUUGAAACAGUACGAAAUUCGUUGCUUGAAGUUGGCUUGGUCAUCGAACAAGAAGUUAUGUUAUGGCUGAAAAAAUUACACAGAAGGCUCUCUCCUCGCAAGAAAGCUCGUAAUCCAUGGGCUGUGGUAGUAGCGAGGGAUUUGCCAGCCAACGUUUUUGGUUUCAUUAUGGAGAUGAUAAAGAAAGCACGGUCGAGCUAA